UCUGGUGAGCAAGGAGUUUGGAAUGUCUGUGACCGAUCAGCUGGCCACAGUUGGCCAAUGACGAAAGAGAGAGCUUACUUUGAAGCAACAACUCUGAGAAAGCACGGAGGUUUGUCUCCGGAUCAUGUUCCUCAAGUCUACCAUUUUGACAGAACCAUGGCUUUGAUCGGAAUGAGGUAUCUGGAGCCUCCUCACAUCAUCCUCAGCAAAGGACUCGUUGCUGGAAUCCAGUACCCUUUCCUCGCAGAACACAUGUCGGAUUACAUGGCCAAAACCCUCUUCUUCACUUCUCUCCUCUACCACAAUACCACAGAGCAUAGAAGAGCAGUAACCGAGUUUUGUGGUAAUGUGGAGUUAUGCCGGUUAACGGAGCAAGUAGUGUUCUCGGACCCAUAUAGGGUUUCUACGUUUAAUCGUUGGACUUCACCUUAUCUUGAUGAUGAUGCUAAAGCUGUGCGUGAAGAUAGUGCCUUGAAGCUCGAAAUC